AUGCGGGGACACCACCGGGACACCGGGGCCAUCGUGACCCCCCCGCUGGUGACAUCUCCCGAGGAGGUGGGGGCGGCGCUGGCCCUGGCCCAGGAGAAGUUCGGGCGCCUGGACCUGGCGGUGAACUGCGCCGGCGUCGGCAUCGCCGUCAAGACCUACAACGCCAAGAAGGACAAAGUGCACGAGCUGGAGGACUUCCAGAGGGUCGUCAACGUGAACCUGGUGGGCACCUUCAACGUGAUCCGCCUCAGCGCGCGCCUCAUGAGCCGCAACGCGCCCGACGCCGACGGCCACCGCGGCCUCGUGGUCAACACGGCCAGCGUGGCGGCCUUCGAGGGCCAGGUCGGCCAAGCCGCCUACUCGGCCUCCAAGGGCGGCAUCGUGGGCAUGACGCUGCCCAUCGCCCGCGACCUGGCGCCGCUGGGCAUCCGCGUGGUCACCAUCGCCCCAGGCUUGUUCUCCACGCCGCUGCUGGCCGCGCUGCCCGAGAAGGUGAGGAAGUUCUUGGGGCAGCAGGCGCCGUUCCCCUCGCGCCUGGGCGACCCCGCCGAGUUCGCCCACCUGGUGCAGGCCCUGGCCGAGAACCCCAUGAUCAACGGCGAGGUGGUGAGGCUGGACGGGGCCCUGCGCAUGCAGCCCUGAGAGCCGAGGGGACCCCCCACCACCCCCAGAAUUUGGGGUGGGGGAGCGGUCACGGGUGGGGUUGGGGUGACACAGCAGGGACAGCCGGACGCUCUGCGGGGACGCUCCAGGAGCGGAACCAAGGACUGGGGGGACGCUGGAGGAGCGGGGACGCUCUCUCCCGAGUGGACGCGACCGUCCUGAGUGGACACGACCCCCGCCGCCCGUGGGGCCGCGCCGGGAUUUGGGGACAAAUCGCCGGGACCGUGGCCACGAGGCCACUCGGGAAGUUGGGAAACGCCACGAAGGGGACACAGCUCAGGGGUGGGGGGUUGAUGCUGAGCUCCCCUGAGCGUGGGGACCCCCUUGAGCCCCUCCCGGGCGAGGGGACCCCCUUGAUCCCCCCCAUCCCCUCCGCCCACCCACCACGGCAAUAAAACGUGUUCGCCCACGCGGGUCCCAGCGCUGCGCCGCCCCGCCUCCCGCCUCUCCCCA